UUUGUUUGUCCUAAAGGUGUAUGUUCAUACCAUAAUUUUGCGAAAAGCAGUGCAGGAUGAUGGAGCAGCACCGUGAAGAAGAUGAAGGAGCGGUACCGGUGAGUCCUGUGGGGCAAUACUUCAACAGCUCUGUGCUCCGCAUUUACAUCAUUGGCGUUUUAGAGUUCCAAGUUCGCCUGGACGAGUCUCAAGCCAUCCCUCUCCUCCAACGUCUCUUCCUUCCUAUCAACCCACGAUUUUCCUCCAUCAUGGUUGAAGACAAAAGAAGGGACAAACAAUGGAAGAAAGUGCAAGUAAACUUGAAAGAUCAUGUGAAGAUCCCCUCAUUCCCUGACUGCGAGUCAAAGGAAUCAUAUAACAACUAUUUUUCUGAUUACUUGUCGAGAAUAGCGAUAGAGAAGCUUCCACAAAACAGACCACUGUGGGAAAUUCACAUUGUGAAUUACCCUACAAGUAGUGCAGCAAGUACUCUCAUAUUCAAACUCCACCACGCUCUUGGGGAUGGCUACUCUCUUAUGGGUGCUCUUCUCUCUUGUCUUCAAAGAGCCGAUCAUCCCUCUCUUCCUUUGUCUUUCCCUUCUGCAAAACCAUCAAAAUCUGUCAGCAAAGGCUUCUUAGGCAAAUUUUCUUCGACCAUGUCGUUAGCCUGCAAUACUGUAGUAGAUUUCUGGUGGGGCAUACUAAAGAGUAGCGUCAUUGAAGAUGAUGAAACGCCAAUCAGAUCUGGAUUCAAAGGAGUAGAAACUCGCCCGCUUACCAUAUCUACCAUUGAAUUUUCACUUGACCAAAUCAAACUCAUCAAGUCUAGGCUUGGAGUGACAAUAAACGAUGUAAUCACUGGAAUUAUCUUUUAUGGGAAUCGAUUGUAUAUGCAAGAAAUUAAUAAUGAGUCAAAGGCUGCAAACUGCACAGCGUUGGUACUUUUCAAUACAAGAAAUGUUGAAGGCUACCAGUCGGUGGAUGACAUGCUUAAUGCUAAGGCCAAAGGGCCUUGGGGGAAUCAUAUUACCUUCUUGCAUGUUCCAAUUCCCAAGUUAGAAAGUGGGAGAAUUUCAACUCCGCUCGAAUUUAUCUGGGAAGCACGUCAUAUAAUCAAGAGAAAGAAACAAUCUUUGGUCGUUCCCCUCACUGGGAUGCUUCUGAAUAUGGAGAGCAAAAUAAAAGGCUACGAGGCAGUGGCUGGACACAUUCAUGGCACACUGUCAAGAUCAAGUAUGGUAAUUACAAACUUGAUUGGACCAUCACAGCCAAUGUCUUUGGCCAAUCAUCCUGUGAAAGGCCUGUAUUUCACACUAGCGGGAGGUCCUGAGAGCCUUGUGAUAUCAAUUAUGAGCUACAUGGGAGUUCUAAGAGUGGCCCUGAAGACAGAGAAGUAUUUCAUAGACGAACACAAACUGAGUUCCUGCAUCAAAUGUGCUUUUGAGACUGUACUCAAGGCGGCUCUGGAAUUUCCGCAACCUACCAAAACUUAAAGCUUCCUGCUACAAAAUUAUCCUAAAGCAAUUAAUAAUUUCUUAGUUUUUGCCAAUGACUUUAUCAUUUAGUUUAUCGUAUGUCCGCAUGUAAAGUUUCAAUUAAGUCCUGUUUAUUUGUCGAUUGUCUAUCAUCUGUCAUAUGUAUUAAAGAGAAAAGGCUUGAAAUAAAAACGAUCCUUCAGGGGUAAAAGAUUCACAAUACUGUAGAAGUGGACCAUAUGCGCCUUCCCGUGAUUA